AUGGGAACGGGCAUCGUGGCCAUUCUGUUUCAUCUCAUCCCGUUUGGACACCCUGUCCUUCACUAUAUCUCCAUCGUCUUCUUUCUCAUUAAUGUGCUGCUGUUCACUAUCGUCCUGAGCAUGUCGAUCCUGCGAUACGUGCUCUAUCCGGAGAUAUGGAGCGUGAUGAUUCAGGAUCCAGUCAACUCACUCUUUCUAGCGACCUGUCCGAUGGGGUUCGCGACGCUCAUCGAGAUGUGGGUGUUUGUCUGUGUCCCCCUCUGGGGCGACUGGGCCAAGACGUUCGCCUGGGCGCUGUGGAUGGUCGAUGCUGUCGCGGCUGCGUCGGUGACCGUUUCGCUCUCUUUUAUACUAAUUUCUCAACAUUAUGUCACAUCGCUGGAACGCAUCACCGCUCUCCAGCUGCUGCCGAUGGCCGCAACGAUUGUCGCUUCCGGAGCUGGCGCAGAAGUCGCAGAUAUCCUCCCCGAUCCGACGUAUGCGAUGGGAACGGUCAUCGCUUCCUAUGUCCUGUGGGGCAUGGCGACGCCCCUCGCGAUGGUAAUCCUAGUGAUCUACUACCAGCGGUUAGCCGUGCACAAGCUUCCAUCGCGCGAGUCGAUCGUCAGUUGCUUCCUCCCACUGGGGCCGCUGGGCUUCGGUGGAUUUAGUAUUUUGUACCUGGGAAAGGUCACGCGGGAGCUCUUAACAAACUUCAACACCCUGCCCCCUGUAGCCGGGGAUAUCGCAUAUGUCUGUGGAAUCUUCGUAUCCCUGCUCAUGUGGGCGUUCGGGAUCAUCUGGCUAGUCUUUGCACUGGCAACGAUAUACGCCAGCUCUCCUUUCCCCUUCAACAUGGGCUGGUGGGGAUUCACAUUCCCGCUCGGCGUGUACGCAGCAAACACCAUGCUACUGGGCAAGGAGCUGGAUCUCAUCUUUUUCCAGAUUUGUGGGACGAUUUUCGGCGCAGCAGUAAUUUCCCUCUACUUGGUGGUGGCUGCGCGGACGAUAGAAGGCGCAUGGCGGGGGACGCUAUUCUAUGCGCCCUGCUUGCAGAACCUGAAGGAGAAGCAAGAAGACAUGCCAGAGGAGACUGUCAUUGCCCGGGCUUAG